UAAAAUUUUUCCCUCUUCUAGCGAGCAAUUCUGUAUCUGUAGCUUAGUAUGCUCGACAAAUUUGUUAUCGUCGCCAUACUGAAUUUGCGUAAUGUUUUAAGUCUCAAAGCUUGAAAUUGGAACCAAUCCUGAAGCAUUCCGUAAUUCAAGCACUCCUUAAUUUAUUCUUUCUUUAUCCAAAGAAAUGUCACAAGAUAAUUUUAGUCAGUCUAGCAAUACUUCUCAUGGUACCACCAAUGAAGCCCAGCAAGUUCUGGAUGUUUUCUGGGAAAGAGAAAUGGAUGAGAUCCGAAAUCUUGGACAGAAUGAUUUCAAAAGUCAAGAACUUCCCUUGGCUCGAAUAAAAAAGAUAAUGAAACUAGAUGAAGAUGUUAAGAUGAUUAGUGCUGAAGCUCCUGUUUUAUUUGCCAAAGCUGCAGAAUUAUUUAUAACUGAAUUAUCACUAAGGGCCUGGGUUCACACAGAAGAUAACAAACGACGUACAUUGCAGAGAAAUGAUAUUGCCAUGGCAAUCACAAAGUACGACCAGUUUGAUUUUUUGAUUGACAUUGUUCCUCGCGAAGAAUUAAAACCACCUAAGCGAACUGAAGAGAAUGUUCGUACAGCUACAAUGCAUCCUGAUCAGGUUCAGUAUUAUUUCCAACUUGCACAACAACACCAAGCUGCCCUACAACAACAAACUUCUGGAGUCUCGCAGCAAGGUCAACAAACUCAGAUUCAACAGGCUCAACCUCAACAGAUUCAGUUAGUUCCAGCAUCUGCAGCAGUACAGCAGAUUGCUACUACUCAGCCUUUAUCAGUCCAAAAUGCCUCGCCUACAUUCUCUGUGCCAAAUGUUUUACAAGUUCAAGCUGUUCCUACUGAAGCUGCACAACAACAAGCUCAAGCUGCUCAAGUACAAGUUCAACAAGUCCAAGUUCAGAACAAUCAACAGACAUCUGCUCAACAGGUAUUACAGUUGCAGCAGCCAAUAGCCAACCAAGUGAAUCAAGCUGGUGGUGGUAUACAAAUUGUUCAACAGUUUUUAAACAGCAAUGGUGAAAUUCAGCAAAUACCUUUUCAGUUAAACCCCAGUCAAUUGCAGCUAAUACGAAUGCAAAUGCAGGGUCAGAAUACCAAUCAGCCAAUUAUAAUUCAUGCAGCCCCUGUUCAACAGAAUGCUUCCCAAGUGCAGCAGACUGCAACUCAGGUGAGUGCAGAGAACCUCUGGAAUGGGGUUAAUUCAAAUGAAACCCAGCAAUAUCCUCAGGGGACUGUGUUUCAACAAGCUAGCCAACAGCUUACUCAGCAACAGCAGGCUCAGGCUGUCUAUCAAAUUCAGCAAGUUGCACAGGCAUCUGGACAGGUAGCCACAUCUGGUACUCCAGUAUUUUUGACCCAAACACCUGGAGGUGGUACAGCUACUGUACAAAUUCAAGCAGUUACAGCAGAUCAACAUUCAUCCACAGAUGAAGAACAGCAGCAGUCACAGUGAUAGCCUGCAAGGCUGGACUACACAUUUGAGUGAUACAUCAAUGCAUUCAGCUAUUUGUACAUAGUCAUUGAUCCGAUUUUAGUCAUUAAAUACUUUAUUUUACAAA